GCAUGCUUCACAGCUACCCUUCACAUGUGUCGUGGUUCGCCACGGUGAGACUGAUUGGAACAGGCAGCUGCGUGUUCAAGGCACUACGGAUGUGCCGCUGAAUGCACGUGGCCGCCUGCAAGCAGAACGGUGUGCAGAUUCGGUAUUGACCCAGUUUCGGCACCGCCUGUCUGUCUCCGUGGAGCGCUCCACGCCGAUCCUCUCCAGUUCCCUGCAGCGCGCCGCGGACACGGCGCAAGCCAUCGCAAGAGCGGUGACGGCGGAGGUGUACAAGGACAUCCGUUUGAACGAGUGGAAUCUUGGAGUGAUCGAGGGAAUGAGCAAAGACGAAGCUGCUGCAAAGCAUGCAGGGGAUUGGAAGAUUUUCAGUCACUGGUGCUCCACUGAAGUGAAGGAGGAGAUCUCCCAGCAGAGGAUUUCUGGUGGUGAAAGUAUGGAAGAAGUUCGCCUACGAGCUGUUCAAUGUUUGGAAGAGGCUGACCCCGGUCCAGAACGCAUGGUGAUCGCAGUGACACACGGAGGAGUGUUGGGACAGCUGUUGCGUCAUGCCGUGCAGAACAGCGGGCAGCAGGCAUCAGUCGUUUUUUGGUGCGUCCCGGAGGACCCUGGGAGGCUGGGAAUUCCCUGGCUCACUGGACCCGAAGAUAGUUUCAAGGAAUAUUUGUCCAAGCGAUACAAGGGCAACAGUUCUGUUUGGUGCGGAGGCCGUUUUGCGACAGGCCAAGUGUGGCCCAAUGCCAUUUCCACUUUUACCUUGACCUUUGGACCUGGAGCUUGGUAUUUCCAUUUCUUGCUCCCGAUCGUUCGUCCCGGUUUGAUCCUGACAUCAUUUCUGGGUAUCUCCCAGUGUGUGCUCGCUGCCGUGAUUCUGGUGACCUUUUUCUUCGCGUCCGCCAUGAAUCCAGGGAUUAUCCCAAGGAAUGAAAGCAUUCCGCAGGAAUUAGAGCAACAGAUGGAUUUAAGAGGUGUACCUCGACAUCGCUUUUUGAAGAUCAGCGAGAUCACCAUCAAACAGAAGUUUUGUGCCACGUGCAACAUCUUCAGACCACCACGUUCAAAGCAUUGCUCCUUCUGUGACAAUUGCAUUUUGCGCUUCGAUCACCACUGCACGUGGUUGGGAAAUUGUGUGGGAUUGUACAACUACCGCUAUUUUGUGGUUCUGAUCUACUCCUCCACGAUUUUUCUCAUGCAGUGCCUGUAUGUGACCGUGUGCCACUUCGGACAGGAGGCAGAUGAUACCUUCGGCCCUGACUAUGGCUUCCUAGAUGUGCUCUGGGUGCUGUCGGAGGAUACCUCCACGGUGUUCUUCUUCUUGUACUGUCUUUUUCUGAUGUUUGCUGUGUUAUUGCUGGCCGUGUACCACACCGUGAUUUCCUUGCAGAAUUUGACCACCAAUGAGCACGUCAAGAACUACUACAGGGAAGGCCAAAACCCAUUUGAUUAUGGCGGGCUCAAAAACUGCCAGCAGAUCUACUGUUUCCCAGAGAGAGUCCUCCCAGAGGGGGACGACAAGAUCGAGGCGGGUUAUUUACCCUUUGGCUCCUAUUCUGACGGUCAAUCCUUCGACGAACUCUGA